AUGAGCAAUACUGUAACAACAAAUGAUAUAUCCGAAAAGCCGGUGAAAAUAGAGAAAUGGGAAACGGAUGCAUUGAAAAAUGCAUUAGAUGAUGCAUGCAAAAAGUAUUUUAAAGAGACACUUAAUUUUACUGAAGAUUUUAAAUUAAUGGAUGGUCGUCUUUAUAUAUCUUUUAUUGCAUGUUUAUUUUCGGGAUUUGCUUUAAUCUAUGAUUGGUUAAAUCCAUUUCCAAAAUCUCGUUCAAUACUUAUUAUUUGCGUUAUAACGUAA